CCCUCGCAAUAGUUUGCAAAGGACCUACAUUUGCAAGGGAACGUAAAAUUACGCGAGGGAAUGCAACGUCAUUACCUUUUUAUUUUUUAGCCCCUUAAAGGCUCCGUAAUAUUCUGUACUAAAGAGGGGGGUCGUACAGGAGGUGGAUCAGCACUUUAAAUCAGCCUGUUACUGUAAAAUGGAAAAAUAAUACCUGGGUUUUCAUUUGAAAGACGAAACACAUCAGAUACAAAUACUGUACAGAGCAGUCGAGCAUUUGGAGCGGCAGCUCUUCCGAUGUUUGUGCUUUAAAAGCGAGUUAAAGGCUCUGAGACUCUUUCAGUUUCGAUUGCUUCCUCCUCGCUUCUUGUUGGUGCGCUGUCAAGACUUUUGUCCGGAUCGCUGAAAAUGAGCAUGGCUCAGGCCUCGCUUCUAGAAACUGAACUGCAGCAGCUGGAGUGUCAUUUCACUUGGGAGCUGAAAAAAGAGGAUACAAAUAUCACUGAUCUUUUAAACAGGCUGGAGCAGCAUGACGAGUUUCAUCUUGGUGGGAAAGCAGGAGUUGCACAGACCAACAACUCAUUAGCGUUUGUGAAGUACCUCCUAGGGUUUCCUACAGAAGCUCUCAGCUGCUUACAGAAAUCUGUGGAGCUCACAAAAGAGUUCCAUGAGAAUGACUGUGACAAGUGGCUCAUAGUCACCUAUGGAAAUCUGGCCUGGCUACAGCAUCACAUGAAAUGUUAUGCUGAAUGUGAAAGCUACCUGGAGAAGCUCAGAGACAUUGCUGAGAGAUUCCCAGCAGAACCCGCUUCUGCUCUCCAUCAUGAAGUGCUUGGUGAAAAGGCCUGGGCCCUGUUCAAGUUCUCUCGAGAGAACUAUGAAAGAGCUACAGUGUGCUUCAGGAAGGCCUUGGAGCUGGAGCCCAGGGACCCUCAGUGGAAUGCUGGUUAUGCAUUUGUGCUUCACCGAACAGAAUCUGGGUCUUGCUCCAGGCCAGAUGAUUCGCCAGCAGUUACACAGCUGCGUAAGGCCAUAGACACAGAUCCAGACAAUGAUGAACUCAAAGCUCUCCUGGCACUGAGGCUUGCUGAGUUUGAGUCUGAGUAUGAUGAAGUUGAGAAUUUGGUGCAAAAGGCUCUAGAGGGUUCUCCUAAUGCUCCUCAUGUGAUUCGAUAUGUGGGCAAAUUCUUAAGGGCCUAUGGGUCUGUAGAUAGGUCCAUCGCUCUGCUGAAGAGAGCAUUAGAGCGCUCGCCCAACUCAGGCUUCAUACACCAUCAGCUAGCACUCUGCUACAAGUGGAAGAAAAUUUCUCUGCAAAAGAAAGAAAGCCGAGAUUCACAUAGUGCUGACGCUGAGAUUCAGAGGCUUCGGCGGCAGUGCAUCUAUCAUUUAGAGAAGGCCACCACACUGAAGACUGACUUCAUUAUUGCUAUGACAGAGCUGGCUGUUCAGUAUGGAGAGGAUGACAAACUAGAUCGUGCAGAACACCUGUUUCAGGUAACUCUGAAGAUAGCCGAAGAGAAAAACGAGUUCCUACAACAACUGUAUUUUUACUAUGGGGAGUUUCAGCAGUACAGAAAGAGGUUCCUGCCCCUGGCCAUCAACUACUACAAGGAAUGUCUGAAAAUAGACCAUGGUUCGAGAGAUGGGAAGAAAAGUGUCAAAAAACUGACCAAGAUAGCUGAUAGAUAUUUAGCAAAAAACCCUCAAGAUGGAAGAUCAUGGGGAAUACUGGGAUUCAUCCAUAAGGAAGAAGGAGAGAAGAUCAGGGCCAUUGAAUGCUACGAGAAAGCUCUACAGUUUAAAAGCAAUGAUGAAUACCUCAGUGCUCUAUGUGAGCUGAGGCUGUCGUUGUAAAAGAAUUACAGAAAUAACUAACAGUUUGGAGGAAGACCAUGCCUGAAGGUCCUGCUCCUUCCUGUAUUAUCCAGUAAUGUCCAAUUUCCAUCUAUGCUAUUCAUUUCCUUUAACUAAGUUUCUGAACCAUCUCUCCUUCCCAUCCAGUCUGUGUUCCUUUGUCAAGUGGGGGGCUGGGGUUUGGAGGUCCAGCUUUCAAGCUUAAAGCAGAAGUUGCCCAGAUCUCCAGCUACAGUUGUGUGAUCUCUUCUUAUACUACAACCAAUAAUAUUCACUUUGAUGUAGGAGUAAAACAGUAAAAAUGGGCUACAAUGUUCUACUUCAUACCUUAAUGUAAACACUUGUAAAUGCUUUAUUUGUAUAUUGUCAUGUGGUUCCUUUCAUGUACCUAAAUAUUCAUUUCAGUGACUUACAACAGUGAGGAGGUUUACCUGAAGAGUAUUUAUGACCUUGUAGUUGAUUUGGAAACUGUAUUUCAGUGAAGGAAGUGAGGAGGACAGCUAGAGUUAAUGUAAAUCUUCAGUAUGGCAAACAUAACCAUGAAAAUGAUUAGUUUAAAGAUACAGAUCACUUAUCUGGCUGGUACAGUCAUACACAAAAGAUGGAAGACCCCUGGUCAAAUUACACUGAUUCCAAAUCACGUAGUUGAUUUUUUAAGUGAAAAUAGGUUAACAUGUCCUCUACAGGGAAUAAAUGUAAACAUUUCAUUUCCCUUCUGAUUUUAGUGCAUAAUUCUAUUUUAUGUUCUUUUUUUGCUGAGUUUUACAUUUGACAAAAAUAAAGCAUAACUUUUGCACAAAGCACUUUGUUUUAUUUUUGAUGUAAAAUUCAGCAAAUGAACAGUAAUUGUGGUAUUAUGCAGAAUGAUGUGCCCUGCAGAGAAUUUGUUAAUUUAUUGUCACUUAGGAAAUCCACAGGCGCCUUUUUGCAUGCAACUGUACCUUCAUAAAGUUUUAAGGCUUUGUCCAACCUUUCCCAUUAACCUCAGCUGUAAACUUUAUGGGGGACUUUUUCAGUAGAAUCACCACUAAAUCAUUUUAAGUGCCUGUGAUGACUGGCUUACACGUCAUUACAGUGCUUUUUAUGUUAUUUUUUUAGCAUUGUAAGUGUUUACAAACAUUUUAACCAGUGAUGUCUUGAGGUGAGCUGUGCACUUUAUUUUAACAGAAAUAAAAGUCAUUUUAAGAUGAAUCAUAGCAUAUGUUAUCUGUCAAUAUAGUUCUCUGUAUUGGUCUUCUAAAAAUGUCUUACAAAAUAAUUACAGUUCAUUAUCUGUGUUUACUGUAAAAUACAUUUCAGACUUGUCUUUCAUGGAAGAAAAAGCACUACUCGUUCAUACAAACGGUCACAGAACAUUAACAUGCUAUUUGUAUUCAGACCUGGUCUUCAUCUUGCAUUGUAACACAGAAUCUAGGGCUGGGCGAUAAAACGAUAACGAUAAUUAUCGCGAUAUAACUUUUCCUUGAUAGAGUGAUACGACAUGUUUGAUAAAUGUUCGAUAUAAUACACC